GCCAUUGCCAGUCAACAUGACUUGAGUCCAUGGAUACGACGGGGAGGAUCUAAAGGGAAGCUAUUGAUCAACUAUUUAUAGUUUAUGUAUUUGCACUUAUAACCUACUGGGGCUGGCUACCCAUAUCCAGUCGUCAUUCGUUGGCGUUUUUCAUUAUUGAGUAAUAUAAGGGGGAUCAAGCAAAACUGAGGUGUUACGCAACUCAUCCACGUGAAGACACCUGCCGUUCGUGACCAGGAAAGGGGUCGGAAGUGGCUAACAUAUUUAACUCAACUCUGGACGACGACACUCGGGAAUAUGACGACGAAAUUAACUUCUAAUUAGAUGAAACAACUUUAUGGGAUUAUCAACAAUCAUGAGAUAUUGUCAUUUAUAAAACGCUGCAGUUACUUUUCAGUUUUCGUUGAUAGUGUUGGACCAUGUCSGUAAACGAGUUAUAUUCAAAGUACACUCGGGUGUGGAUCCCAGACCCAGAGGAUGUAUGGAGAGCUGCAGAGAUCAUCAAGGACUACAAGGAGGGAGAGCCAAUCCUGCACCUCAAACUUGAAGAUGAAUCGCCGUUGGAAUACCGCAUCGGACCCAAAGACAACCCUCUUCCCUUCCUCCGGAACCCUGAUAUCCUGGUGGGGGAGAAUGACCUCACAGCGCUCAGCUACCUGCACGAGCCUGCUGUCCUGCACAACCUCAAAGUGCGCUUCCUCGAGCCCAACCACAUCUACACAUACUGUGGUAUCGUACUGGUGGCCAUCAACCCCUACGACCAGCUUCAAAUCUAUGGAGAGGAGGUCAUCAAUGCCUACAGUGGGCAGAACAUGGGAGACAUGGACCCACACAUCUUUGCUGUUGCUGAGGAGGCAUACAAGCAGAUGGCCAGAGAUGAGAGGAACCAAUCCAUCAUAGUAAGUGGGGAGUCGGGGGCAGGGAAGACCGUCUCUGCUAAGUACGCCAUGCGGUUCUUCGCCACUGUGGGAGGGUCGGCCAACGACACCAACGUUGAGGAGAAGGUGCUGGCCUCCAGCCCCAUCAUGGAGGCUAUUGGAAAUGCGAAAACCACGCGCAAUGACAACAGCAGUCGUUUUGGGAAGUACAUCCAGAUUGGUUUUGACAGGCGUUAUCACAUAAUAGGUGCCAACAUGCGCACGUAUCUGCUGGAGAAGUCAAGGGUGGUGUUCCAGGCUGAGGAUGAGAGGAAUUACCACAUCUUCUACCAGUUGUGUGCCUCUGCUAGCUUCCCGGAGUUCAAAGACCUAGCCUUGACCAGUGCGGAAGACUUCAUCUUCACAUCGCAAGGAGAGAACAUCUUCAUUGAGGGGGUGAAUGAUGCCGAGGACUUCAAGAAGACGAAGGAAGCCUUUACGCUACUGGGUGUUAAGGAGAGCAAUCAAAGCAGCAUCUUCAGAAUCAUAGCUUCCAUCCUGCAUCUGGGGAACGUGGAGAUCUGCUCGGAGAGAGACGGAGACUCCUGCCACAUAUCAAGGAACGACCCUCACUUGACGCACUUUUGCCGGUUGCUGGGGGUGGAGCUGGAGCAGAUGGAACACUGGCUAUGUCACAGGAAGCUGGUCACCACGUCAGAGACCUACGUCAAGAACAUGUCCCGCAAACAGGCGGCUAAUGCCCGCGACGCGCUCGCCAAACACAUCUACGCACACAUGUUUGACUGGAUUGUGGWGCACGUCAACAAGUCUCUGCACACCUCCUCCAAACAACACUCCUUCAUCGGUGUUCUGGAUAUCUAUGGAUUUGAGACCUUUGAGAUAAACAGCUUCGAGCAGUUCUGCAUCAACUACGCCAAUGAGAAACUGCAGCAGCAGUUCAAUCAACAUGUGUUCAAGCUGGAGCAGGAGGAGUACAUGAAGGAGCAGAUCCCCUGGACGCUCAUCGACUUCUAUGACAACCAGCCGUGUAUCGACCUCAUCGAGGCCAAGUUGGGYAUCCUGGACCUGCUGGAUGAGGAGUGCAAGGUGCCCAAAGGGACAGAUCAGAACUGGUGCCAGAAGCUGUACGAUCGCCUUUCAAGCAGCGUCCAUUUCCAGAAACCACGGAUGUCCAACAUAUCUUUCAUUAUCAUUCACUUUGCUGAUAAGGUUGAGUACCAGUGUGAUGGCUUCCUGGAGAAGAACAGAGACACCGUCUACGAGGAACACAUCAACAUUCUGAAGGCCAGCAAGUUUCAGCUCGUGGCGGAUCUGUUCCAGGACACUAAUAAAGACGGAAGCAGCUCCACGUCUUCCAGCAAGUCCUCCAGGAUCAACGUGCGCUCGGCCAAACCAACUCCUAAAGUCCCCAACAAGGAGCACAGGAAAACCGUGGGCCACCAGUUCCGCAGCUCCCUGCAGCUUCUCAUGGAGACCCUGAAUGCCACCACCCCCCACUAUGUGCGUUGCAUCAAGCCUAAUGACGAGAAGGAGGCAUUCUCGUUUGACUCUAGGAGAGCUGUGCAGCAACUGAGGGCAUGUGGAGUCCUGGAGACCAUCCGCAUCAGUGCUGCUGGCUACCCAUCAAGGUGGACGUACCCAGACUUCUUCAACAGAUACAGAGUCCUCAUGAAGAAGUCAGAUAUGACCGUAGGAGACAAGAAACUGGUGUGUAGGAACCUACUAGAGACCCUGGUCAAGGACCCAGACAAGUUCCAGUUUGGUAAGACCAAGAUCUUCUUCCGGGCGGGCCAAGUGGCCUACCUGGAGAAGCUGAGGGCAGACAAGUUCCGCUCCGCCUGCAUCAAGAUCCAGAAGACAGUGCGACGCUGGCUACAGAUGGCCCGCUACAAGAAGAUACGCAAGUCUGCCAUCACCUUGCAGAGAUUUGGCCGUGGUUACAUGGCCCGCAGGUAUGCGGAGCGGCUGCGCCUAAGCCGCGCUGCUGUUAUCUGUCAGAAGCAGUAUCGUAUGGUCCGAGAGCGGAGGGGCUAUCUGAGGGUGAGACAGGCUGUUGUCACCAUCCAGGCCUUUACCAGGGGCAUGUUCACCCGCAGGAUCUUCCAGGAGUUCCUUCUGCAUCACAAAGCGAUGAUCAUCCAGAAGCAUGUCCGAGGCUGGCUUACUAGGAGGAAGUUCAAGGUGGCACGGAACGCCGCCAUCACCAUCCAGUGUGCCUACCGCCGCAUGCGAGCCAAGCGGGAGCUGAAACAGCUGAAGAUUGAGGCGAGGUCCGCUCAACAUCUGAAGAAGCUCAACACGGGCAUGGAGAACAAGAUCGUCCAGCUGCAGAGGAAGAUGGAUGACCAGACCAAAGAUCUGAAGACUCAGAAUGAGCAGCUGGUGGUGGCCAAAGCCUCCCUGGGCUCAGAGGUGAACAAGCUGCAGAAGGAGCUGGAGACCAUGCGCAGUCGCCAGGGAGACGGCGGUCAGCUGACCUCUCUGAAGGAUGAGCUGGAGAAGCUGAGGGCGGAGCUCCUGGAAGCACAUGCCCACAGGAAGAAGCUGGAGGAGGAGCACAGCAACGAGAAGAUGAGAUUUGAACAGAGAGUGGAGGAGCUGGAGAGGGAGAAUUCCCUGCUGAAGAGUGAAAAGGAGAAGAUGAACCAAAGGAUUCUGCACCACUCCAAGAGCACAGAAGACCAGGAGAGCAGUGCAUCCCAGAGUGUGGGUCGGGUCCAGGCAGAGCUGGAUGAGGAGAGGCAGCGCUACCAGAACCUGCUCAGGGAGUUCUCCAGACUGGAGCAGAGAUAUGACAACCUACAGGAGGCCAAGUUUCAGCCUGGCCACAGGAGGAACAAUUCUAACCAGAGCAGCCUGGAGUCUGACUCCAAUUAUCCCUCCAUUUCUACCUCGGAGGUGGGAGACACUGACGAUGCYAUCCAACUCGUAGAGGAGAUGGGAGUGGAGAAGGCAGCAAUGGACAUCGGUGUGUUCAUGAAGCUGCAGAAGCGUGUUAGGGAGCUGGAACAGGAGAGGAAGAGACUGCAAGUCAACCUGGAAAAGAUGGAGGACCAGUCUAAGCGCAAGGGCAUUGAGCCAAAGAUGACAUCAGAGCAAGAGAAUGCGGAUCUGGCCUACAACAGUCUCAAGAGACAGGAGCUGGAGUCUGAGAACAAGAAGCUGAAGAAUGACCUGAACGAGCUGAGGAAGGCCAUCGCUGACCGCGCCUCCAAGAACAGCUCCUCCAAUGAGCUUCAGGACGGCUACAACCUGCUGCUGGGCCAGCUCAAGGCAGCCAAUGAGGAGCUGGAUGUGCGUAAGGAUGAGGUCCUUAUCCUCAGGAGUCAGAUUGUCACUGCAGCCCAGCAGAAAGAGAAGGAGACAACCAAUCACAUUGAAACCAAUAACUUGCCUGAAUGGACCAACAGCAAGAAGCCCAUAGACAAGGAGGAGGCUGAGGCCUAUCAUGGACUCUGUGAGUCUAAGAACAAAGCUUCGGACUGGGGUUAUUUGAAUGAAGAUGGCGAGCUGGGCCUGGCAUACCAGGGUCUAAAACAAGUGGCCAGGCUGUUGGAGGCCCAGCUCCAGUCUCAGGCCAGGAAGCACGAGGAUGAGCUGGAGGCGUUCCACACCCAGGUGGAGCUGCUAAAGGACGACAUAGAGAAGAAGCAGGAGAUGCUGAACCACACCAUGUCUCUGUCCCCUGAGGCCCAGGUGGAGUACAGCGUCCAGCAGGAGAUCACCCGGCUCACCAACGACAACCUGGACUUAAAAGAGCUUGUGGAGAAACUGGAGAAGAACGAGAGGAAGCUGAAGAAGCAGCUGAGGAUCUACAUGAAGAAAGUACAGGAGCUGGAAGUGUCCGUGACUGCAGCAGCAUCCCAGUCCACCACGGCCAAACCAGAGAUGACCCGUCAGGUGACUGUCCAGCGCAGGGAGAAGGACUUUGAGGGCAUGCUGGAGUACUACAAAGAGGACGAGGCCCUGCUGGUCAAAACGCUCAUCACAGACAUGAAGCCCCACGCUGUAUCAGCAACAGUGCCCUGCCUACCUGCCUACAUCCUCUUCAUGUGCAUCCGCCAUGCGGACUACAUCAACGAUGACCAGAAGGUCCACUCUCUGCUCACCUCCACCAUCAACGCCAUUAAGAAGGUCCUCAAGAAAAACAAUGAUGACUUUGAGAUGACCUCCUUCUGGCUGGCCAACACGAGUCGUCUGCUGCACUGUCUCAAGCAGUACAGUGGAGAUGAGGCGUUUAUGACUCAGAACACGGCCAAGCAGAAUGAGCACUGUCUGAAGAACUUUGACCUGGCAGAGUACCGCCAGGUGCUGAGUGACCUCUCCAUCCAGAUCUACCAGCAGCUCGUCAAGGUGGCAGAGCACGUUAUGCAGCCCAUGAUCGUGUCGGCCAUGUUGGAGAGUGAGUCUAUCCCCAGCCUUGCGGGAGUGAAGCCCAUGGGUUACAGGAACCGCUCCUCCAGCAUGGACAAGGACGAGGAGGGCCCAGGGAGCUACACCCUGGAGGCCCUGAUCAGACAGCUGGGCCAGUUCCACGUGGUGAUGGGCGAGCACGGCCUGGACCCAGAGAUAGCAGGCCAGGUGGUCCGGCAGCUGUUCUACAGCAUCAACGCUGUCACCCUCAACAACCUGCUGCUCAGGAAAGACGUCUGCUCCUGGAGCACUGGCAUGCAGCUCCGGUACAACAUCAGUCAGAUGGAGGAGUGGCUUCGGGGGAAGAACCUCCACCAGAGUGGGGCGGCGGUUAACAUGGAGCCCGUCAUCCAGGCCGCCCAGCUGCUUCAGGUCAAGAAGAAGACGUCCCAGGACGCCGAGGCCAUCUGCUCACUGUGUACCGCUCUCACCAUGCAACAGAUUGUGAAAAUCCUCAACCUCUACACCCCGCUCAACGAGUUUGAGGAAAGAGUCACUGUGUCCUUCAUCAGAAACAUCCAGAAUCGUCUGCAGGAGAGGAACGAUGUCCCAAUGCUCCUGGUGGACACCAAGCACACCUUCCCUGUCCUGUUCCCCUAUACCCCCUCAGCCCUCAGCCUGGAGACCCUUCACAUCCCUGCCAACCUCAGCCUACACUUCCUCACUCGAGUCUGAGGCUUCAGCGAGGCCUACCACAGGUUCUUAGCAAGAAGAAGGAGAGCCCAAAGGAGCUCCCUCUAACCUGGGUAGCUUUCAGUUGUUCUGCUAAACAGCAGAGGGCGCCAAGUCUACAGGACUCAAUGGAAGGCAAAGAACCUUCCAGCUGACCAACAUUGGAUGCUGUCGAGCCUCUGUGUGUAAAUCCAGCAGAAUGUGUCAAGUCAUUCUUUAUAGCUGUCCACAACUGCUUCCUCUAUUUGGCAUCUUCUACAGUGGGCUAUUGAGAUGCUGUGCUUCAUCAGUUCUGUCCCAGACAGUCACAUUUCUUUUCAUUCACUGUAAGGAGUCUCUAUGGUAAGCUGACUGUAAAUUUAUUCCUCUUAAAGAUGAAUUGAAUCUGUGUAAAUUUGUGCUCUCACUUCCAUUGACAAGGUAUUGAUUCCCAGUUAGCCACUCCGCCAAGCAUUCAAAGUGUCCAGUUGUAUUUAUUGUACCUUAGGCAGUGGUCUACCGUGUCAGUCUGUCUGGCUUUCUCAUGAUGAGUUAAUUGUAGCCUCACUCCUCUCUACACCCUGUCAAUGGACAGCAGAUCAGACUCGGGAGCAGCCCUGCAUUGCAGUGGCUCUGUUUGUGACUCACACUCUACACGCAGCACUGUGGCUCUGCUGCUCUCCAUCCUUCCUCUGCCUUGAGGAAUCCUCAGUCUUCAGAGCCCUUCUCUCACUGAGGCUCGAGUUUGAUCUUAUAUAAGAGCCGUAUCUCCUCUGUGUUCAGAUCAGAGCACACCGUCACACCAUCUCCUACUACACGCUAUGGUCCAGGAAGUCUGAAGUGCUCAACAAAUCUCUCAACAGAGUGAUUAGUUGUUGUUUUUACUCUGAAUUCAAUUUGAAUGAAUUGAACCCGUAUCAUCUCCGAAUCAGGAGAAGUGAAGGCAAGCUUUAUGUAAGUGGGGUAGAUCCAUGUGUUUGUGAAGACUAGGGUUGAGUAGAGAUGGGCGAGAGAGAGCACUUGAAAAUGGGACUGGAGAGUCUCCUGUGUAGAGUAAGCUAAUAGCCAUUCCUGCAGGACAGUCUUAGCCUGGUUUCAAAUCUGUUUGUGCGGUCUUGCCAACUCCUGCAUGGCAUGACAAUGACUGGCAGGAGUUGGCAAGACCGCACAAACAGAUCUGGGGCCAUGCUAGGUCUGCUGCAGGACAGAGGGAUUAACCCUUUACACUUGUGGGAAUUGGCAUAUGGAUAGGGCUAAAUUGAAAUGUUUCUCACAGAAGACCUAUGGAAAGCAUAUGCAGAAGCAUGGUAGCAAUUGAAAGGGAACAGUUUGGAUAUUAUGGGGAAAUUAUUAGACCAAAGUUGAGGACACAACAGUU